AUGGAGAUGCCUACCAGGACUGAGGGUUUCGAGCAUACGGACUGGCCAUUGUUCUCAAACUUCGGAGGAGCGUUUCCUGAUGUGACGGCACAGAGUACAUCCUCCAGCGCGCCUCCAAUCGACUCAGACCAUAUGUACUUUCAGCCUCGAAUACCAACCGGGAUGUCGGUGUCACGUACAUCAAGUGGAUUGGACCACCAUUGGGCACCUUGGGAUAUGCAAUAUGAYGGAUUCUCAGAUCCACACGACCUCGGUAGACUCUCGCAUUCCGUCCCAACAUCGUCACAACCGCAAUCGUCAACUUUCGAGGCCGCCCUUGGCAGGCCGGGACUCCAAUCAAGGUAUUGGCCAGAUGCUCCAACGCCUAGAGCUGCACCAAGCGGUGCGUCUCUAGACACUCUCUAUGAACCACCAACGUCGCAUCCUUACAAUACAGUGGAUCAGUCCUUCAUAUAUGGAGCUGCUGGAUACUCGGGUCAACAUCAAUAUCAGGCUGCACCAACUCCAACAUAUCAGUCCCCCUCGUCGCAGUUCAGCUGGUCGCAACCCGACUUACUUCCAUCUGAUCUAACACAGGCGGCGGCCCCUUCCAUGGAAAUCUCGCAUAUAACUCCAACGAUUCCGUCCGGUUUCCCUUCUGAGGGCGUCGAUGGUCGUAUGGUGGAUCCUGCCGUAGGGGGCAUGCUGGGUUGGAAACGCCGCUCCUCAGCCCUGGGCGUUCAAACAUUGCCGCUUCUAAACACAGGUCUCUUGGCACCACCAGACAGAGGCAGUUCCAAUCGAUCACCAUCGUCUGCGUCGACUGCAGGCUCUUCCUCGUCCUUCAGCAGGCUUCGACCUGCACCUGGCGAUCUUUCGUGUCACUCUUGUAACAUGACGUUCGCAAACCAAGGUGAUCUGUCCCACCACCUGCGAUCGCACCAGCCGUAUUCCAAACGGAAAUAUGGGUGCAACAAAUGCGACAGGCGCUUUCAGUAUCGCAAGGACCUGCUUCGACAUCUUCYAAGACACGAUCCUCACAGACAACGAUUCCAUUGUCCUUUCCGAGGUUGCAAAUAUCACAGCAAAGGUUUUGGCCGCCAGGACCAUCUCGAUCGUCAUAUUGGUAGCCAGCAUCAAGACGAUAUCCCCAUGACGGCCAACGCAAGUCAGAGUACAUGGAUUGACRACGAUACGAGAGAAAUGUGA